UAGUACAGUGUGUGCACAAAGAUGUAAAUUGCUACAAGAUUGUUAUCUCUGAAUGUUUCCUGUUAACACUUGAGUCGGUGCCUUGAGUCACUCAAGACUUGAGUUUUAUUUUUGUAACAUUUUAUUCAUUUUGUGUAUUUGUCUUUUUUCCGUCUAUCAGCUCUGUCCAUUUUAACUAGACUAGUUGUUUCCGACAGAUCACUGUAUAGAGCUAGUCUGCUGAAACAGAACAACUAUGUGUCAUGUACUUCCUGUUUACACCCAAAUCUAACAGUUAGUGUUUGAGAAAAUACUUCGUAAGAUAGCCUUGUUCAUUGGCAGCUAAUACUUGAGUUUUGCCACUUUAAAUAAAGAAAAGCUGACUUUGAUUAUAGUCUCUAUCUUCUGCUUUGACAGUGAUCAACAAAAUGAGGCUCAAACAUGGGAAUGUUUGCACACAAAAAAAACCUUUAUAUGAAACAAAAACCUUUUGUAUGCAGAUAGGCUUCACACUACACUCUGAUAUGUAAUUUAAACCUUUGCUUUUGUUUUUUAAAUGUUAAACAAAUUCAUUGUAACAAAUAGUUUGACAAGAGUGGAACUAUUUACUGAUUCUGCUCCUGCUCAGGAUUAUCCUCAGACUGUGAACUCUAAUCAGGCACAGAUAUUUUCAAGGGUAGCUUUUAAUUCAGGCUCCUUUGAGGACACCUAUCCCAGCUUGUUGGGUCCUUAUAGUCACACACAAUCGACGAUAGUUAGCUUCUGGCUAAAAUGCAUGCUGAGCUUCUCUGACAGGUUACAGCUGGUUAUUUGAAAGUGGAGGUGCAUUCCAUAAAAAGCUGCAUUGAGUCUUUUCUUUGUAUUUGUGUGUCGAUAAUAAAGCGGGGUAGAGACUGUUUGGUUGAGUUAACACAGAAACAUGUGGAGCUCCGGCCGACGCGUCCUUCAGGAUCUGCUCAUCCUCCCUGCAGCUCUCAGGAGUUUCUCCCUGACUCCUGCUCAGAACACAGUUGUGGUGGAGCGCUGGUGGCAGGUGCCUUUAUCUAAAGUUGGCAGUCCUCCGAGGCUUCAUCCCCGAAGACAGAUCUACAAGCUGGUUGAAGACACCAAACACCUUCCAAGAAAGAUGGAGCUCAUCCUGACGCAGACCGUUCCCAAGCUCGGUGGUCGAGGAGACUCUGUGUUUGUGAAAAAGUCUGUUGGCAGAAAUAAGCUGCUGUCCGAAGGCCUCGCAGUGUAUCCAUCACCAGAGAACAAGCAGAUGUUUGCUGAGGAGAUCAGACUUCUACGAGAAGGAAAGCCAGAGGAAAGAGUGCAAACGCGUACUGGACAGUUGACAGUGGAGUACCUUAAAAGCUCCCAUCUGAAGAUAAACCAGAUGCCCUCUGAUGAGUUCCAGGUCCAUAAAGAAGUUGUGUGCCGACAGUUUCUCAAGAAGCUGGGAGUUGUAGUUCCACCUCAGGCGUUGAGUCUUCCAUUCGAUUCAGUGAAGGAAGUGGGCGACUACUGGUGUGAAGUAACGGUAAGAAUUUUCUGUUUUAAUGCAACACGUGCAUCACUUAUCAGCAGUAAGUGAAUACCCAUGCUGUGG